GACUUCGACCACUGCGACCCCCGCCGGUGCUCGGGCAAGAAGCUCGCGCGGCAGGGCCUCAUCAGCACGCUCCGGGUCGGGCAGAAGUUUCGGGGCAUCGUCGUCUCGCCGAAGGGAGCGGUACCCGUGAGCCCCGCGGACCGGGACAUCGUCGCCCAGAACGGGCUCGCCGUCGUCGAGUGCUCGUGGGCGCGCCUGGACGAGGUCCCGUUCGGUCGGAUCGCGAGCCCACACGAACGCCUUUUGCCGUACCUCGUCGCGACGAACCCCGUCAAUUACGGGAAGCCGUGGCGACUGAACUGUGUCGAGGCCCUCGCCGCCGCGUUCUACAUCACCGGGUUCGACGAGUACGCGGAGCGCCUUCUCCAGGGCUUUGGGUGGGGGCAUUCGUUUUGGGAAGUCAACAAGCACCUGCUGGAGAGGUACAAGACGUGCGAAAGCUCGGCGGCGGUGAGCGCGAUGCAGGAGCAGAUCCUCGCGGACCUGGAGAAGAGCUACGAGGAGUCGCGGCAGGCCAAAGGUGACGGAGACCUGCUCGUGCGCAAUCCCAACAGGAUAUACGAAGAAGAGAGCUCGGAGGAGGAUGAAGACGAAGAAGACGAGCCUCAAGAGGCGGACGGUGUGCAAGCAAUCACAAAGCAGAUUGAAGCGACGACUGUUUGA